AGCAUCCAGCUGUGGCAGAGAUGUGCCAGCCCCAGACACUGCCUGCCCUGCUGCUCCUGCUCUGCUGCCCAUGGGCCAGGACCAGUGCUCUGAGGGCUCAGAUUGUGGGGGGCCACGAGGCACAGCCCCACUCCCACCCGUACAUGGCGUACCUGAAGAUAGCAGAGCUGGGGAGCUGUGGGGGCUUCCUGGUGGCCCCUGACUGGGUGAUGUCAGCUGCACACUGCAUGGGGAAUAUCACAGUCAUCCUGGGGGCUCACAACAUCCAAGAACCAGAAAAAACCCAGCAGGUCAGGGGAGUCCUCAAGUACCACGAGCACCCUGAGUACGACCCCAGCACGAUGGAAAACGACAUCAUGCUGCUCCAGCUAACAUCAAAAGCCAUUUACAAUGACUAUGUCCAGCCCAUCCCUCUGCCCAAGACCGGCAGUGACCUCCCCAUGGGCACCAAGUGUGUGAUCGCCGGCUGGGGGCUCAUCGAUGAGGACAGGGCCACCAACAAACUCUUUGAGACCAAAGUCUCCAUCUACAGCCGCAGGAAAUGCAUCCUCUUCUACCCACACCUUGAUUCUGGCAUGAUCUGUGCAGGCAGCUUCCACGAGCUGAAGGAUUCCAGCCAGGGAGAUUCUGGUGGCCCCCUGGUAUGUAAUAAAGUGGCACAUGGUGUUGUGUCCUUUGGCUACAAUGCCCCACCUGGGGUCUACACCCGCAUCUCCAACUACCUGCCCUGGAUCAACAAAGUCAUGAAGAAGUAGUGGCAGUGGCAGCACUUUCUCCAGCUCUGGCGUGGCCCUGGAGACUGCAACAGCUUCCUUCCUGCCCCUGCUGAAGGCUCAACUCCCUCUCUCU